GCAGCAAUAGCAUUUGGCUCCUUCAAAGUCUAUAAACUACUCUACUCUCUUUGCUCCAUGCUCUUAAAAUAACAGGCACCACCACGCUGAUAGAAAAAGAAAGCCUUUUCUUUCUCUUUCAGCUCCAUAAAACCUUGUCUUUCUCUACUCUCAACCUUUGAACAACAACACAUGGAGCUUGCUUUGAGCUUAGGGGAAGCACCUAAGUCCUUCACUUUGCUUGACAACACUCCCAAACUACCUAAUAACAAGGAUCCAGUGGGUUUCUGCAUAGCACUUGGUGCUGCUGCUUCCUCCGCCGGAAAAUCCUCCGAGGAAGACAGAAGAGGAUCCUCAGAUCCGCCAGUUCAGCUCGACCUUCUCCCUUCAACGCCGGUUCUUCGCUCCCAACACCCAUCUUCACACCUUCGAAUUCCAUGGCUCAACGAUGCACUUGGUUUGGAGAGGGUGACAUCGGAGGCACCGGCGGCGAGGGCGUUGGACGUGAACUCUUUCCCGGUGGCUCCUGCGGCGGGAGAAGACGGGGACGACGGCGCUGCACUGUCUUCGCCUAACAGCGCCGUAUCGUCCUUUCAGAUGGAUUUCUGUCUGAGAAACGGGAACGGUGGUAACGGCGGUGAUGGUGCGGCGGCGAUGAUGAGGAACAGGAGAGACGUGGAAGGUGGUGAGGGCAACGACAGAGGCACCAGCGAUGACGACGAGAACGGAUCCACCAGGAAGAAGCUCAGGCUCUCUAAGGAACAAUCUGCGUUUCUUGAAGAAAGCUUCAAAGAACACACCACCCUUAAUCCUAAGCAGAAACUGGCUCUUGCGAAACAGUUAAACCUUCGUCCCCGUCAAGUUGAAGUUUGGUUUCAGAACAGAAGAGCAAGGACCAAGUUGAAGCAAACGGAGGUGGAUUGCGAGUACUUGAAGAGGUGCUGUGACACCUUAACGGAAGAGAAUCGGAGGUUGCAGAAGGAGCUUCAAGAGCUGAGGGCAUUAAAGACUUCUCAACCCUUCUACAUGCAGCUUCCGGCCACCACUCUCACAAUGUGCCCUUCUUGUGAAAGGGUCGCCACCAACACCGCCGCUAAUAACAAUGACGCUUCUCAGAUUGCUUCCGCUUUGUCUCUUAGUAACAAGCCCAGAAUCUUGCCAUUUCCUAAUACUCAGGCCCAUCCUCCUCCGGCCCAAAAGGCCCAUCAAUGAUCAUCAUCAUCAUCAUCAUCGUUCUCGACCCUUUUUCGUCUUUUCGCUUAGCUUCCUCCCCCUCAUUUUCCAUUUGUAUAUAGUUUUCCCUUUUUGUGUUGAAUUUUAGACCUUAUCUUUUAUUAUUCCAUUCUUUUUUUUGUUUUUGUUUGAUAGCUACUCUGGAUUAUAUUAAAAGAACAUGAUGAUCCUUUUUGUCGAGAUCACUGAGGGAUGGAGUAGCACAGAUUUUGUAAGCCAAAUGUGGAAUGAAACCCUUGUUUUUCAUCAUCACUUCUUGUUUUGUGUUUUGUAGUAGUU